AUGUUUCAGUUUCAGACAGGUAUUCGUGGACGAAUUACUUCUAUUCUAAAACGUUCUUCUUAUUGCUUACUCGCCAAUAUGACAUCGUUAUGUACUCCACGACUCGACAAUGCUGGAGCCUUUGAUCAUGUGAAUGGCGCAGAAUUACGUGGUCUCGUAGCAGGUUUGAUUCAAAAAGAUGCUGAUUCUCAUCAUGUCUUUUUUAAUAGUCAGGGCUUCCACAAUCAUCUCGUUCAUUUGUUGCUGGCUGAUUACAGUCUUGGUGCGAGUGAAAAUCGACUCAAGGAAAUCUAUGAAAUCGAAAGUCCCAGUCAACGGCCAAAAUUGCCAGAAAAAAGUGACUUCGUCUGGAGCAGCGAUCAUUGCCUCGGUCAUGAAGAGUAUUACACAUCCUACUUGAACUUUUUUCUCGAACAAAUCAAGAGCAAAGGUGUACGAGCUUGUAUCGAAGAAUACAUUUUUCGAGACGAUGCUACCAAUAUGUAUGCACGAUUUUUCAGUGGCGUUUACCAUCCGUUCAUUCACAUAGGCUAUGGAGUAGAAUUUGGAAUACCAAUGCUCGUUGCCGAGGGCCUUGCACAAACAGCGGUUCACGGUACUACGCUUGUUCCUCUUUACUCUGUGACGUCUCCGAUAGACAAGAAAACGGCAAGUGGAUCUUCCACGACUGCUACGAAUAUUGCACUAUCAACUCGUGACGACCACCGGUUCGAUGAUAUUGUCAAGUGGGAAGACAGUCCAAAGAUCAAAGCUCUUCUUCAACGCAAACCUGAUUUGGUACGAGAACAUGUAGACAAAUGGAUCGUGUCGGAAACGCUCGACAGACCUACCGGAUUGAGAGCUCGUGCGACAGAACUUCAAGCACUUGCAGCGGCACUUUAUGCGGGACCUCAACGACCAGGCAAACAAAUCACUAUCGAUUUCUUUCUCAUGCAUGCCUUCACCAGCUCACUCUUCGUACACAGCUAUAUCGAGUUCCUCAAUCCACGUUAUGGAGCGGCAUUGUUACGUGGCAAGUUUGCAGUCGAUCUCGCCUACUAUAUUUCGCGCAAUCGACCAUUGUUGAAUCUCGAACAGUUUAAAUCAUAUCCAUUAAAAUCGUGGAGUGAAAUCAUCUCGAAAGCCAUUUCUCACGGUGAUUCACACGUGCCAAAGUCUAUUCGAGCUGUGAAACAUGCGGCAGCAUAUGACACUACAAUCCCCUCUGAAAUAUAUCAAGCUAUAGCCACAAUAACGGUUGAUCCGGAUAGAAAGUGGAGUUCGGAUGGUAUUGGGUUUGAUGAGGAAUGGCAAGAUGUCCCGGACAAAAUAUAG